UCGGAAUGCUGUGAACCUGUAGUAGAGCUCUCAUCACACAGAUAUAUUUUUCUUCUCGCUUCCUUGAUACUUGCUGCUAUAGCUUGAUCCAUGCAGCGCUCUGCAUGCACGGAGGGGGAAGGGAGAUCAGCUGAAGCGAGCCCAUUGCCUGCAAGCAUUCAUUCGGUUGCUGUUUUAUUCAUGCUCCUUCCACCAGUUUGCUGUUCGUAAUAUGCUCACACGGGUGAAAUCUGCUGUGGCCAAUUUCAUGGGAGGAAUCAUGGCUGGAAACUCGGGAUCCGAUCAUGCCAAUGGCUCUGACCUGCCGCUGAGGUUUCCAUAUGGCAGACCUGAGUUCCUGGGUCUGUCACAGGAUGAGAUUGAAUGCUCAGCGGAUCACAUCGCUAGACCCAUCCUGAUCUUAAAGGAGACCAAGAGGUUACCUUGGACUACUGGCUAUGCAGAGGUGAUAAAUGCGGGUAAAAGCACACACAAUGAGGACCAGGCAAGCUGUGAAGUGAUGUUUGUAAAGAAGAAAACUGGAGUCCACUCUACCCCCAACAAAACCUCUACAAUCAAGCAAAGGUCCUCUCUGCCAAACGGAGAGGGCCUGAAGCUGAAAGAAAAUCCGGAGGUGGAUGGAAUAACUUUCCAGUACUGGGCACUCUUUGAUGGGCAUGCUGGGGCUGGAGCCGCCGUUGUAGCAUCUAAACUGCUUCAGCACCAUAUAACAGAGCAAUUACUGGACAUUGUAGAUAUUCUGAAAAACCCAGCAGUUUUACCAUCUACCUGUCUAGGGGAGGAUCCAGAAACGGUUUCGACUAACAGCAGGACUUUAACAAGGGCAGCUUCGCUACGCGGGGCUGCUGGUGCUCCAGGGUCACCAAGUACACCACAAACACGUUUCUUCACCGAGAAAAAGAUUCCACACGAAUGCCUCGUCAUUGGAGCUCUUGAAAAUGCCUUCAAGGAGAUGGAUCUCCAAAUUGAAAGAGAAAGAAGCACUUAUAAUAUUUCAGGAGGCUGCACUGCCCUUGUUGUGGUAUAUUUAUUGGGGAAACUUUACGUGGCGAAUGCUGGUGACAGUAGGGCUAUAAUUAUAAGGAAUGGGGAAAUUAUGCCCAUGUCUUCAGAAUUUACACCAGAAUCAGAACGUCAGCGGCUUCAAUACCUUGCUUUCCUACAGCCCCACCUUCUUGGAAAUGAGUUUACACAUUUAGAAUUUCCAAGGAGGGUUCAGCGCAAAGAACUAGGGAAAAUGAUGCUUUACAGAGACUUUAAUAUGACCGGAUGGGCGUAUAAAACUAUUGAGGAGAAUGACUUAAAAUUCCCACUCAUAUAUGGCGAAGGAAAAAAGGCACGUGUGAUGGCCACAAUUGGUGUAACCAGAGGGCUUGGUGACCAUGACCUGAAAGUCCAUGACUCCAAUAUCUACAUUAAGCCUUUUCUUUCCUCCAUUCCAGAGGUGCGAGCCUACGAUCUAAUACAAUAUGAGCACAGUGCAGAUGAUGUACUAGUCAUGGCCACCGAUGGUCUUUGGGAUGUACUCUUAAACGAAGAAGUCUUAGAAGCUGUUACAAAUUUUCUAGCCAAUUGUGACCCUGAUGAUCCACACAGAUACACGCUGGCAGCUCAGGAUCUGGUAAUGAGGGCUCGAGGAGUGCUGAAGGACAGAGGCUGGAGGAUUUCCAAUGACAGACUGGGCUCGGGAGAUGACAUCUCUGUUUACGUCAUACCUUUGAUAAAUGGGAACAGACUAUUAUGAGUUACUUGGCUGGGGCAGCUUCUGUUGGUGAUGCAAACACACAGAGGAAUUUCAUGAAUGAAACGGGGCAUUGCAUAUCAUUCAAGUACACCAUUUCCUACUUUGUGGGUUUGGAAAUUCAGAUAGAGCAUAUUUAAAUGCUGCUAAUGUACCAUCAUUUUGUUGUGUUGUUCACUAACGUUACCCUGACCCAUAUACUCUUCUUUAACUGGAUAAUUAAAGCUUGAAGUAAAAGAAAAAAAAUGUUAGGUCUAAAAUAUGGUACAGUUUCAAUGGGGGUGAGUUUUAAAUGUUUUUUUUCUUGAUGAUAAGUCUAGGUCUAUAAACUGUAUCUAUCGCCUUCCCAAA